UUACGCCAAUACAAAAUGGGCGCUCACAGCUCAAAGGAGAAAUUAUCGCGCUCGUAUUCCGAGCGCUAUAUUCACAGUCAAAUGAUCGAACGCGAACGAUUUGGCAGCUUUGGCAAACGUGCCAAGAGCGUGACAAAAGGAGCUGCCAAAAAGCGGGAUGUGCGCAACUUGAGCAUAUCGCCCACGGAUCUGGGACCGCCGCCAAAGACUCAGCAGACCGCUAAGGGGCAAUCGUCGUGGAAUAAAUCCUUAACGCCAACACCAACAACUAUACAUAAACGUAUUUCAGUAGCAACAACAACAUCAACACCGACAGCGUCAGGCGGUACAUCCCUCAAACUCUUAACAAAAGCAUCGCAACAGAAAAGCGUCAAAAAUGCCCCAGGAAAUGCAACAAACAAUAAGAAAAAUACCACGAAAACUUUAUCCGCGGUGAUUGCAGAAGAAUCGCUACGUUCCGGUGUGGACCAAACGGAACUGCAGGAGCUGAAUGGACUUGGCCUGUACUUGUCCUCCGGCCAAACGCCGCGUGACUCCAAGCGCGUCUCCCUCAAUAAUGAGGUGGCCUGCGUUUGCGGCACGGUCAACAGCAGCUGCAGCUGCGUUGUCGAAAAGGCGCCCAAGGUGAAACGUUGCGGCAGCCACACCCCAGAGCCAGCAAAAGCCGCAGAGCCAAUUGACUGCAAGCUGGAACAGCAGCAGCAGCAGCAGGCGCAGCAGCAACAGCAGGAAGUGCAAUCACAAACAGAUGAACAGCUCCAGGAGGCAGCGAUUUGCAAUGAAACCCCAGCCACAAUAUCCAGUACAAAUGCGAGUCUUAAUGACUCCCAGAGCACAGCCACAUUGCAGCCCAGUAUGGUCAACAUGGCCAGCAAAUAUCCCGGGCUGAAGCAUUACUUGGAUAAUGGCUAUUUGAACUAUGAGCGUUUGGCCAAAUACUUCGAGGCGAAUAGCGAAUGGCAGAAGGAGAAGGAAAGCCAGACUGUGGGCCUCACCAUUGUCAUCCAAUUCAUGUGCAAGCAGAUGGAAAUUCUGAGCUGUCAGGAGAGCAAGGCGAAGAUUUCGCUGGAGGAGACAAUGGCGCUGCUACAGCAGACGCAACACAGCUGCGAAGAGCUGCGUCAGCAGCUGCGCGAGAAGGAAAUCGAGUGGUCACAGCGUCAACAGGAGUGGGAACAUUUGCAGUUCAAGGAAUUGCAGCAAGCACAUGAGAAGGUUCAGGAGGUGCAGCUGCUUGCCAAGGAGCGUUUCCGUGAGCUCGAGUCCCAGUUGGCGGCCAAGGAUGAGGAGAAGAAACAGGCGCUGCAAACGUAUCACCAGGAAAUCGCGCAUCAGCUGCGCCACAAGCAGCAGCAACUCACGGCUGCCGAACAGCAAGUGUUGCAGCUGCAGACACGCCUGCAGGAGCACGAAGCAGCGGAGCAGCAGCUGCGCGAGAAGCUGACACUCGCGGAGAACGUACACGCCCAACGCCUGUCCGAGGGCGCCAAGCGCGAGGAGGAGCUGGAGGAGCGCAUUAAGAAGAUUACCAAGGAGCUGCAAACGCUGCGCGCCAGCACCGAGCACAAUGAGCGCGAUUUGCGCGAUCGUCUCGCCUUGUCCGAGGACGAGAUCAGUGUGCUGCGCAGCUCAUCGCAGCGUCGUAGCCCGAGCAGGAGCAGCGGCCACGUCGACGGCAGCGUCGAACUGUGGCGCAGCGAGGCCGAGAGCCUGCGUCACGUCCUCGACAUGAAGCAGGAGAAGAUCGCCGAUCUGUCCAAGCAGAAUGGCGAGCUGAAGCGCGAGAACGAGGAGCAGCGCAGCAUGUGCAAUCGCCUGACCCUGCUUGAGUCGCAGAAUGAGAUGCUACGCACCGAGCUAGAGGCCAAAACCGAAAGGGAAAAAGAUAUUCAGCGUCAAAUGGAGGAGAUGCAAAAGGCCUUCAACUAUGAGAGCAUCAAACGCAAGCGCCUCACUUGCGACAAGGAGGAAUUGCAGUACCAUCUGAAGCAGCGCUCCGAGCAGCUGCAGCUGGUCCAAGCGCAACUGCAUGAGCUGUCUAGCAGCUCGCUUGAUAGUUCCCUCAAUCACCCGCACAGUCGUUGCAGUUCGUCACGCUCUGUCCUGGAGUCGAGCCACAAUUCAACCAACACAUCGCCGCCAGCGACGCCAGUCAUCAUGGGCGUCAUCAAGCGCAACGAUUCGGUUAGCUAUGUUCUCGAAAUGGACGAUGAGACACCACAGGUGGCCGCCUCGAAACUGGUGCGACGUGCCGGCUCGUUGCGCAGCACCAGCGAGCGCAGCCCCACUCAGCGUCGCCAGCUCUCGCAGAGCGCAAAUGCGGCCAGCAAUGGACAUGGCCAGAAUGGACACAGCCCUGGACCCAAUCCGCUGUCGCAAAGCAUGUCGGCCACAGCGGUGAUGCGCCCUCAUGGUCUGGAGGUGGAAUCACCACGCCCGCUUUGCCGUGCCCGCUCCCAAUCCGUUUGUACCAAAGUCACCUCCCAGCGCCAACAGUCACAGGAGCCGAAAGAAUUGGCACUGCCCGAUUGGCAUGCGGACGAGCUGUGCUCCAGUUCGCCGCAGAAAGUCUCGACCAAUGUUGAGAUGCGUGCACGCAGCAGCACCAUGAAGCUGAUGGGCUCUGUGGAUGCCUAUCCCAAGGCCCUGAAGAAAUUCCAGGAGAUACAGGAAUCAGCCGGCGAGGCCAUGGUUAGCGGCGCCAAUUCCGAAGAUGAAAGCUGCUCGGCCUCGUCCGAGGAUAUGCGCAGCUCGUCUGCAUCCAGCACAGCAUCUGCGGCAGGCUGCACGCUUUCCAAGCGCCAGAAGCAGCCUUCACGCAUGUCCAUCGAGGAGGCGUUAAUGCUCGAACAGAUCAACAGCCUGAAUGGCACGCCUAUGGAAGUCAGCUGGUCGGAGGAUGCAGCCGAUGCGGAUGCUGCUGCAUCACAUCCACUCGCAUGACAGGCAACCGUUGAGGACGAUGUGGGCUACGAGGAACGCGCCGUUAUCGAGCAAAUUGCCGAGGCAGCAGAAGAGGCUUACGAAAUGGACGCCGAUGCGCAGCAGGAGGAGCUAAUUGUGGGCGCCGACGAUGAGGAGGAUGAAGAUGAUUAUGAUGAUGAUAGCUUUUAAAGCGGGCGCGCAUAGAUUGUAGAACAAUUGGAUGGGCAACAAAACUAAAACUAAAACUAAAAUUAAAAUUAAACUAAAGCAAAGCUUGGCGCAAAACAAAGGACAAGAGAGAAGUCAAAAGAGAAGCAGAUGAUAAACAAGAAAAUAUUGAGAAAAGAAAGCUAGAGAUAAGCCUAAUAAUUUGCGAAUUGAAUUAUAUAAAGUUUCCUGUAAAUAAUUUCAUUAAGGAGCGCUUCAGUGGACGAGCUAUGAGGAGGGCAAACAAUAUAUAUGCAUAUAUAUAUUUAUAUGUAUAUCGAUUUUCAUAUACGGCUAUGAUAAGAGGGAAGAAUGGAAAAGAUUAGAGAUUUUAUGCACACACACACACACUCACAUAUAUACACUUAUACACACAGCAAGUGGAUCCGUCGCAGUCUCAAGAGAUCGAUAAAUGGGUUGAUAAAAUAAAACAAAAGAAAGGAAAAACCAGAGUGUUAGAUGUAGCACAUUUUAAGAGUACGAUCCGUAAAAAUCAAAAAAUCACUUGAAGAAAUUGAAUAAAAGAUUCGAUUUAUAGUAAUAUAACAGUAGUAUAACAGUAUGUCAGUAUAAUAGUAGAGCCGCUCUUUGAACUACUUCAAUUAAAAAUGUUUCGAACGCUGUCCGACUAAAGAUUAUAUUGCCCCACAACAAGGACAGGCGACAUCCGUUGAGGAUUAGGCAUUUAGCUCAAGCAGUAUAUGAAUAGAUUUGCAUUCAACUUAUUAACUAUAUAUACAAUAUACAUUUAUAACUAUACGUAUACAUACAUAUUAUGGUAUUCUAGCCUGAAAACAAAAGAAAAAAGCAACUCGAGAUAUCGUAUAUAUAUAUAUAUAUGAACGUAAAUGUUAUGCCCCACAAAAGAUAAAACCCAGAAAUCAACUUAUAUAAGUCUAGCCCACGUAUUUCCCAUUGAGCUCAAAGUUAAGUAACAAAAAUAAAUCACUUGAUGUCCUUAAUUUAUAAAAUUAAAGCCCACUAAAAUCUAAAAUUGU